AUACAGCCGGAGCCCUGGGUGCCCAAGCUCAGGACCUAGCAGCACUCUUGGGUCAGAGCCGCCCAAGGGGCAGCCCCAAGGGCCGCAGCCAUGAACGGGACGGAGGGCCCGAACUUCUACGUGCCCUUCUCCAACAAGACGGGCGUGGUGCGCAGCCCCUUCGAGUACCCGCAGUACUACCUGGCUGAGCCAUGGCAGUUCUCCAUGCUGGCUGCCUACAUGUUUCUGCUGAUCGUGCUGGGCUUCCCCAUCAACUUCCUCACGCUCUACGUCACGGUGCAGCACAAGAAGCUGCGCACGCCCCUCAACUACAUCCUGCUGAACCUGGCCGUGGCAGACCUCUUCAUGGUCUUCGGUGGCUUCACCACUACUCUCUACACCUCUCUACAUGGAUACUUUGUCUUCGGGCCUACAGGAUGCAAUCUGGAGGGCUUCUUUGCCACCGUGGGAGGUGAAAUCGCCCUGUGGUCCUUGGUGGUACUGGCCAUCGAGCGGUAUGUGGUGGUGUGUAAGCCCAUGAGCAACUUCCGCUUCGGGGAGAACCACGCCAUCAUGGGUGUCGCCCUCACCUGGGUCAUGGCGCUGGCCUGCGCCGCGCCCCCCCUCGUCGGAUGGUCCAGGUACAUCCCGGAGGGCAUGCAGUGCUCGUGUGGGAUUGACUACUACACGCUCAAGCCGGAGGUCAACAAUGAGUCCUUUGUCGUCUAUAUGUUCGUGGUGCACUUCUCCAUCCCCAUGGUCAUCAUCUUCUUCUGCUAUGGGCAGCUCGUCUUCACGGUCAAGGAGGCAGCGGCGCAGCAGCAGGAGUCAGCCACCACCCAGAAGGCGGAGAAAGAGGUCACCCGCAUGGUCAUCAUCAUGGUGAUCGCGUUCCUGAUCUGCUGGCUGCCCUAUGCCGGUGUGGCAUUCUACAUCUUCACCCACCAGGGCUCCAACUUUGGCCCCGUCUUCAUGACCAUCCCAGCAUUCUUUGCCAAGACCUCCUCGGUCUACAACCCCGUCAUCUACAUCAUGAUGAACAAGCAGUUCCGGAACUGCAUGCUCACCACCCUCUGCUGUGGCAAGAACCCACUGGGUGAUGAGGAUGCCUCCACCACUGCCUCCAAGACGGAGACCAGCCAGGUGGCACCGGCUUAAGCCCCGCUGAGGACUCUGUGGCCCACCGCAGGAGUCUCCCACCCCCACCCCGCCACAGCUACAGCCGCCCCACCAGGCGCCGGCCCUGUUGGAACCAGGUCACUCAGACCACCUGAGUUUUUUUUUUUAAAGAGUUACUGAGAGAGGAAAGGCUCCCCACUCAGCGGGGUUGGCCCAAUCUGGAGCCCCGAGUUCCUGGGGGCCAGCAGGAUCUGCACCCCUUCUCCCCCCAACUCAUCUCUCAGGAACACAAGAACUCUUCUUCUCUGAAAAGUGUCCCAGUUUAGGGAUAAGUGUCUAGCACAGAGUAGGGCACACAGUAGGUGUUUAAUAAAUGCUAGAUGGUUGAAGGAAAGAAUGAGUAGAGGAGUGAGUGGAGAGAUGAAUGGUCAGGGGGAGCCUAUCAUCCUCCCCAAACCACCUUAGCAGCAGCAGGUCAUCCUUGGACAUGACCCUGAACAGUUGUUCCCCUCCUGGGCCUCACUUUCUUCCCUGUAAGGUGGAAACCCCCAAAAUCCCCUGCCCUGCCAACACAUGGCUGCGUGCGGAUUGAAUGAGAUUGUGUGUGUGCAUGAGGGGGGUGUAUUUAAGCACUUUGUAAAUGGUAAGGAGCUGUACAAACUGUAGUUAACAUUAUGAAUAAUAUAAAUUAAUACAAUUAACUAAUUACUAUGCUCAUCUCCUCUUGAUAGUCACUAGUUUUGAAAUUGAGCCAGACCCCAAGCAUCCAGCCUCAACAGGUUUUUAAAAAUUAACCAGGUGUCAAGGUCAGACCAGGCCUGGGGGUUGGCCACUGGGAGGGAAUCAAGAGAGUGCAGAAUGCAGCCAUCAGGCCUGAAAAAAACAACAACACUGGAGUCCGGGGGCCAAGUCCAGGUCUCACCCCCAGCUUGGAGCUCCAGGGCUGGUGCCUCCCCUUCUCCAGUCAGCCUGGGGAGAGACAGCUUCUGGAGGCCACCUGCUCUCUUGCCCAACAUCCAGGCCGCAGCAUAUCUCAGCCCUGAUGGCAUCUAGAAGGCAGGCUCACCUGCCCGCAUUUAAUGAAGAGCUGAGCCCCCAGUGUCACUCUUGUCUUGAAAAAGUGGGCAAUUUGGCUGGAUCCACCUUCCCCCGGAUGUUCACAAGCCCCAGAUUCUACCUCCCUUGCUGAGGGAGCCCAUCUUUGGUGGUUCCAGCCCAUUCUCCAUUCUGGAGAGUCCUUGCUGCAAAGCUGGACGGAACUCUGGGGUGUCAGAAUUGAGCUGCCUCAGUAACUGCCCUCUCCCUCUCCACAAAACCAAAGCUGAAGGCUCUAGCUCUCUCCAGCUCUGUCUGGACACUAAGGUAAAUUGGGGCAUUAAAAGCUCAGCUCCUAUAUGUGGUGUUAAAGAUGGUGGUUUUUGUUGCUCUCACACUCUUUAUCUGAAGGAUGGAUUAAAACUGGGCAGCAUUCACCUAA